AUGACUAAACGAAUUGCAUUCAAAGUCCAUGGUAAAGUGCAGGGCGUCGCCUUUCGUGACUUUACCCAGAGGAAAGCCUCGAGCUAUGGCCUCACAGGCUUCGUUUUGAAUACCUCUGAUGGAAAGGUAGCCGGAGAAGCGCAGGGUGAUGAGGAAGCACUAAAGAAACUGAAGGCGGAUCUGGACACUGGACCUAGAACUGCUCACGUUGUCAAACUUGAAAUCAAAGAUAUUGGUGUCAAAGAGGGAGAGAAUUCAUUCGAAGUCUCAGUAUGA